AUGGAUCAUAAUCAGCAACUCGUUCAAGAGGAAAUUGUCGAAGAAGUAAUUGAUGAUGGCACUGCUCAGUUGUAUGAAGAGAUGAUCGAAGUAGAAGAUGGUGAGGAAGUAUUGUUGGAAGAAGUCGAAGCAAUCAGUGUGGAUGGCACUGAUUAUGAACAUAUCCCAGGAGCCGAUGGUACCUAUCAAUAUGUUGUUCAAAGUACAACCGCAGGAACUCCACGCCUUCAAACAGUAGUCACUUCAGUUGGCAGCAGCAACUCAGCACCACAGCAUCAUUCACGUUUACCCGUCGUAAGAAGCAAUGCCGUGUAUAGCAGCAUUAGCGGUGUACCACAACAAUCUACGGCAACACAGCAUCAACAACAGAACAGUCGACCGUUAAAUUCGCAGCACAUGUACGCCAUACGCGGCAAUCAGUUUUAUCGUUUGGAUAAGUUGGGCAGUAGCAGUGGAACGGGUUCGAUGAAUGUGUCGAAUGUUGGUGGUAUGUUGCAUCAUCGACCCAUCGUACAGAUGGUUCAACGUGGUGGUAAUCCAUCUUCUGGUACCACUUCAACUCCAACAACCAAUGAAAAUAUUCUUCCAAUACGUCAUCAUCAUCAUCUUAAUUCGCAACAACAGCAGCAGCAGCAGUCACAACAAGGUAUUCGUGAGCCGUUUGUCGUUCAGUCGUCACUUCAGCGUAGUGGAACGUCGUCAUCGUCAUCCUAUUACUUACCAAUGCUACAACAUUCCUCGUCGAGUGUCAACCGUACCUCAACCUCAUCUCAUCCGCUAACUCAGUCAGAACCUCGUAUCCCCAUCGCCUAUCACUCCUCCACCGAAACUCCGGUCAACGCGUAUCAGCAAAAUCGUCUUCUUACACCCUUCUUAGCCGCACGAAUGGUUCAACAACAACAACAAAAAAAACGGCAAAGUGGUAUCGGUAUGAAGAAGCCGUGCAAUUGUACCAAGUCGAUGUGUUUGAAAUUGUAUUGUGAUUGUUUUGCGAACGGUGAAUUCUGUAAAGAUUGUAACUGCAAAGACUGUCAUAAUAAUUUGGAGAAUGAGGCAGAACGAUCACGUGCUAUUAAAGCAUCAUUGGAGCGAAACCCGAAUGCAUUUAAACCAAAAAUUGGUGUAGCCAGUCGUGGUCGUGUUGAUUCCGAGCGUUUGCAUCAGAAAGGCUGCCACUGUAAAAAAUCGAAUUGUUUGAAAAAUUAUUGUGAAUGUUAUGAGGCAAAAGUACCGUGCACUGAACGUUGCAAAUGUACAAGUUGCCAAAAUACGGAAAACGAUCGAGCUGCGAGAAUGCGCGGUAAGUUCGGACACGGAGUCAGCGCUGAGAUGCGACAAUUGACCUCUAGUAGUCAGUCGUCCUCCGAAGCACGCACCUCAUCGCCGUUCAGCGACGACGAAAGUGAUGUGGAAUCUCCCGAACCAAGUGAUCCAAAAACUUUGCCAUGGUUCUAUAUGACCGAUGAGGUUGUAGAGGCAGCCACAUUGUGUUUGGUAGCUCAAGCCGAAGAGUUGGAAUCAUCGGAAAGUGCGGUUAGUGAUGAACAGCUCGAGAGGGCAGUUCUGCAAGAGUUCGGUCGUUGUCUCGGACAAAUGAUCGAGAACGCUUCGAAGAAAACGAAUGGUGCUGUCGUUCAUUGA